AAGGAAAACAAGUUUCCUGUGAGCUCUUGUAGUGAUACAUUUUGUUUGAUGUAAGCUGUAUUUGGAACAGUGAUUAUAAUAUGUUUUUUUACCACCGCAAAUUCACCUUUUCAUGCAUUUCUUUUUUGUAUUUUUAUGUUAUUGUUAAAAUCAACGUAGGGAUUCCUCAUAAUGGUGAUAUAUCUACCUUAGAUUACAAUUCAGAUGAAGUGCAAGGGAAUUGUAGUGAAAAUGGCUGUAUUCUUCAGGAAAACAUUACAAGCUUUGAAUGUCAUGGUGGAGACAAAGAGUGUUUAAAGUACCUUUGUUCAAAACCGCAUGGAACAUUGCGAAGAUUGGAUUUAUCAGGAAACCAAUUUACAAAUAUUCGCAGAGGAUGUUUCAGUAUGUUUCCUUCUCUUGAAAUUCUAAACAUAUCAAACAACGAAAAGCUAGGAUUGGAAAAUUUGUACAAUGCUGCAUUCGGGCUCGAUCAAACGAACAUAAAGGAACUUUACGCCAACAAUAUCAACCAAGUCGGGAGUACUUACCCGUUUCCAAGAAAUAUAUCAUUGCUGCUACUGAACACCUCGCUUCAAAUACUUCAAUUGAACUACAACGAAAUCCAAAUACCAGAAUCUGGCUCCAUUUACUACUUACCCAGGUCGUUGAAAGAUAUUUCAGUCAGAGGAAAUCGACUUGAAAUCAGUCUCAUUUUUGGGGAACUCGUUUGGCUUAAAAAUCUUACGCGAUUGGACAUCAGUUUUCAAUGCUCAACUCGAGAAUAUCGCUCUAGAUCACGAAGAAAUAUACAUUUCAUAGCCGAUUUCAACAACCACACAAACUAUAAGGAUUGCCCAAAAGACAUAGGUACUAUAAAUGUUCUCCAGGUGCUUCCAUCUAACCUCGACAAGCUGAUAGCCACAGGCAUGAUAGCCGGAACAAACUGCAUUCCAUUGUUAAGCACAAGAAACACUAGCAAGCUAAGUUACAUUGAUAUUUCCAGAGAUGGAUAUUACCGAUGGAUCGGUCCAAUUCGUGUUAAUGCAACUUUAAACAAUGUUACAACUCUCAAUUUGUCACACAACCAAUGCAGUUAUAUCAACGACAGUUUUUUUGACAGUUUAACAAAACUUAAAACUUUAGAUAUUAGCUUCAACUACCUAGGAGCUUACUUUCAUCAAGAAAACAAAAGCGGAAAUGUGCUCAAAGGAUUGACCAACCUGGAAAAUUUAUAUUUGCAGUACAAUAAAAUCAGUUACCUUCCAAAGAAACUUCUAAAGUAUAAUAAGGGGAUAAAGAAAUUAGUAAUUAGCAAUAACGCUAUUGACAAGUGGACGCUAGAUAUAAGUCACCUCGACAGGUUGACCUUUAUUGACUGUUCUCACAACAAACUUGGGCAUCUUCCCGACUCAGUUACAAAGAAAUUAGAUGAGUUACGUAAAGAUCACAAUGUCACUGUAGAUUUUCAUCACAAUAGAAUUGCUUGCACCUGUGACAACUUGCAAUUUCUAAACUGGCUUUUCACAACAAAAGUAAUGGUAACUUUGUCUGCAGGAUGCACUGGCUAUGACGGAAAUAUAACCCAGGCAUUUUCAUAUUUACUUGAAGAAUGUAGCAAGGACCAUAGCGUAAAGGAUUGGCUGUAUCCUGUUCAGACUAUUUGUCUUCUCUUCAUUCUAUUUGUCAUCGCCGUUGUUAUUUACAAGAAACGUUGGGCACUCAUCUAUCGCUGGUACUUGUUUCGUCUUCGACGAAAAGGAUACACCCCAAUCGGAGGAUGCGAUGAGGGUUAUCAGUUUGACGCUUUUCUGUCUUUUGCUGACGAAGACAGAGCAUUUGUUGAAAGAGUGGUGUCAGAACUAGAGGAAAAUUCAGAGCUUCAUUUCAAGGUGUGUGUCCAUUAUAGAGAUUUUACUCCAGGAAAAUCCAUUAACAAAAAUAUAGUUUCGGCUGUCCAUUCCAGCAAAAAGACAAUUAUAUUUAUUUCACGUGCCUAUCUUAAAAGUCAGUGGUGUAAAUAUGAAUUACAAAUGGCAAUAACAGAGGAAAGACACAUGGAUCGCAGAUUGAUAAUAAUGGUCGUGCUUGAAGAUAUUCCACACAAUCAACUUUCUCUUGAGGUUCUACAAUACUACAAAAAGAAUAGUUACAUUGUUAAACCGAAAAACGAACAAGAACUGAACUUCUUUUGGAAAACUUUGAAAGGCGUCGUUGCAAACGAUUUAUGAAUGACUAUCUAAAGUUUGUUGUUAUUCUAAGAGUUUAAAGCAUGUACUAGUACUAGUUUUUGAAAACGUGUUUUGUGAAUAUGAUUUGAUUUUCUUUUUCAAUUAUUAUAAAAUAGCUUUGAAAAGGUUCUUCAUAAAAAAAAAUGAAAUAAAGAGUGAAAGAAUUACAGUUUGAAAACUAAAUAGAAAUUAACAAUUUAACUUUGACAACAAACUGUUUCAUUCCAAAUUUCCUUUAAAAUGAUUCUACAUUUUACCAAGUUCUUUAACAUAAUUUAAAAUAUUUGAUAAUGAGAAUGUUAUAAAUAUAUAUUGAGCUAUUAAAGAUUAAUUUUGUUUAGCAAUGUUUCCGGAAGAUAACAACAAAAAAACUAACUUUUGUUAUAAAAUAAUAUAUCUUUAGUGGAGGGAAAUAGAAAAAGUUAAUCAAAUUUUCUUUUGCAUUAAUCUUUGUCAAAAUUUAUCUUCCUCGAUUAAUAAAAAGAUAUUCUAGUAUUAAUGAUUUGGUAAUUGGAGUUUGGACCGUGUAGUAAUUUUUAAAAACUUCAUAUCUGUGUGGUAUAAACUCAAAGCUAAGCCACAUGUCAUUGGUCAUUUCAAGAUUGUUUUGUUACUUGAACAUUAAAAAGUAAAUCAAAUAAAGUUUUUAUCCCCUAAAAUUCACUUUAUAGCGACGCUUUGUUGAGUUUAGUUGCAAGUAUACAUAUUUUCACCACGAAGAUGUUCCAACUUUGGACAUCAUUCAUGUAUAUCAAAAGUAAAAUGGCAUGCAGUGA